AUGAGUAACGACAUAAUCAAGCCCAAGCGAUGGUUCCCGCUAGAAUCGAAUCCAGAGGUCAUGAACGCAUACGUAAAGAAAAUGGGAUUUCCUACAAGCCAGUUCAGCUUCUGCGAUGUAUUGAGCACCGAAGAAUGGGCACUGGAGAUGGUACCGACGCCAGUGGUGGCAGUCAUUAUGCUUUUCCCUAUAAAACCUCACACAGAAGAGGCAGACAAGCAAGAGGCUAUCAGGAUUGAACAGAAUGGACAAACAGUCUCUCCUAACGUCUACUAUAUGCGCCAGACCGUUGGCAAUGCAUGCGGCACGGUGGGUAUCUUACAUGCCAUUGGCAAUAUACGUCACAUUGUCCAACUUGCUUCUGGAAGUUACUUGGACAAGUUCUUUAACAAGACCAAGACCAAGACACCAGAAGAGAUUGCGCAGUACCUUGAGGAAGACGACGAGCUGGAGGAAACUCACGGUAGUGCUGCGGAAGCUGGUCAGUCGGAACAAAUGGAAAGCGUGGAUGACCCAAUCAACACGCACUUUAUCUGCUUCAGCUGUGUGGAUGGCAACUUAUACGAGCUUGAUGGCCGAAAGAAACGUCCUAUCAACCACGGACCCUCCAGUCCAGACACUGUUCUGCAGGAUGCGUGCCAGAUCAUUAAGAAAUUCAUGGCCCGAGACGAGGGCGAGAUGCGAUUUACGAUCCUGGCUCUGGCGAAGACAGAGACAUACUAA